GACACCUCUGACAGAGGAACUCGGCUCUCGGUCUCUCCUCCGGGCCGCAGCAUGCACCUCUCGCUACGCUUCGGGCACGUGUAAUUUUUGUAUGCGCGCACGGCGAAAAAGUCGCGGGGACAUUUCAGAAUCGCGAAACGCGGGAUACGUACGCGCGUGUGACGCGUGUCCCGCGCGAACGAAUACAAUUCGCGGGCACAACGCGACGAGAGGCGUGCGACAACGUUCUUUUUAUUUAUUGAGCACCGGCGAAGCAGUCAGCCGGUGAACACCGAUCGGCCGAGCGAUAAAUUCGUCAGCUCGCAAAUCGACAAGCCUCCUGUACUCGCUCGUGAGAUAAUUGUGCAAUUAAAGUGCGGUCGCACGGCCGAAAUGAGCCUCCGCGACGCGAUGGAAGCGCGGCUCGCCCGGCAGAUUCGCGAACGGCAGAGCGUAUCGGCUGUGAUCGAUGUGUGAGUUGAUUUUGGCCGCCGUGUCUCUGCUUAGUGUUCGUUCUCCGUCAACGGUUGCACGUGCAGUCGGGACUCGAUGCAACAGAAGUUUGUAGAGACCAAUGAAGAAACGACUCAUUUGCAACUCAACAUUGACUGCUGAUCGAGGAAACAUCUAAUCGACGGAGCAAGCUGAUUGCAAUUAGCCGCGGCGGUUUAACGCGGUGAAAAAUGACGUGGAGCUGAAACGAGAGGCGACUAGGGAGACUAGUGUGCGCUCUCACCGGAAGCUGCAGCGAGAUGCGUCGACAGUGAGGCCGAGAGCGAAAAUCCGUCAAGAUGCAUCCUCUCGUCCUUCCCUUUUUGCUGCUAUCUUUAACGUGCGCUGUUAGAUUUGGCAGCGGUCAUCUCAUAGACGGGAUUUUCACGGAACCGACUUUGGAGCCAGGCUACAAUCUGGUGGCUGUGGUCCCACGUGGCGCCUUGGCAUUGAACGUGACCGAACUCCGUCACACGCAGAACUAUCUCGCGAUUAGAUUGCAAAAUGGCAGCUAUUUGUUGAACGGGAAUUACAAUAUCAACUGGUCCGGCGAAUACAAGGCAGCUGGAACAACGUUUGUCUAUCUUCGUCAAGGCCCUCAUAAUUUGGAGAGCUUUUCCGCCGCAGGUCCAUUACAGGAACCGAUAGACGUUAUGGUAUUGUACCAGGAGCCGAACCCUGGAAUUGUUUAUCGGUACGUGAUUCCCGGAAACGCAAAUUUGCAGCGGAACAGUCAUCUCGCGCAUAACGCAGUUCCCAAUAAAGACGAACCAAGCUUGCAAAACAGAAGGAUUGAAAAUGGACCAGUGGUGGUUGAUGUAACGUCGGCGCCGUAUCUACCACGACGUUAUAGGAAAAGGAAAUUCACGUGGAGAGCGAUCGGCUACAGCGAGUGCAACAAGUCUUGCGGCGGAGGUGUUCAGGUGCUCAGACACGUGUGUAUCAAAGAGCACACGCAGCAGCAGGCGCCGGAGAAGAGAUGCCACGCGUUAGAGAAGCCGCGGGAGGUUCGUCUUAGGUGCAAUAUCAGGCCAUGUCCGACCAGGUGGCGCGGCGGACCAUGGAGCGAAUGUUCCACUUCCUGCGGCACGGGAGUUCGCAUACGGGAACUCGAGUGCGUUCAGGAGAAGACGUCGUUAACGAUGCGAGUUGCCGACGGCACCUGCACAGAACCGAGGAAUCUGCCGACCAGUGAGGUGUGCGAAAUGCCGGCAUGCCACGAAGAGACCAGGCAAACGUCGACGCCAACGUCAUCUCCAGUACCGCAAUGGACUGUGGGCGUUUGGUCGCAGUGCUCCACGUCCUGCGGCGUGGGAAAGAGGUCGAGGGUCGUAACUUGCGUCACUCUAAGCGCACCCUGCGAUCUCUCGGAGAAGCCUGAAGCCCACGAAAUCUGCGACUUAGGACCGUGUCUGGCGAAAUCGACGCCACUGAACAUUGUCUCCGCGAAGCUACAGAGCCCGCAGUGGUUAUUCACCGAAUGGUCUGACCAGUGUUCGGCGGAAUGUGGGGUUGGAGUUCAGACUAGAAAAGUCCUAUGCGAGACAAACUCCGACGAGGAGCAUUGCGAUGAAUCGAGUCGACCUGAGACUUCCAGAGACUGCUCGAGCAACAGGACGUGCAGCGGUCAAUGGUUCGCAGGACCUUGGACAGAGUGUUCCUCGAGCUGCGAUUUGGGCGAGCAAAUUAGAGACGUGGUAUGCGUGACGACUCUUCGCGGCUCUCUACGCGUUGUCUUAGAUAUGAAUUGUCCUGCGAACAAACCGGGAACCAGGAAGCCCUGCAGAGAGCGUCCAUGCGUAUCUACUUGGUUCGUGUCAGAUUGGACAUCGUGUUCGCGAUCUUGCGGCAAAGGUAUCCAGAAACGCGAGGUCCGAUGUCUGAAUCCGGACGGCCAGCUACCAGAAUCUCAUCAAGUUCACUGCCGGGAGGAAGAUCGCCCACUAUCGCGGAGGAUAUGCAACGAUUAUCCCUGCAAGGACGAUCUGCGUGCGCCCGAAAACUCUCACAGGGUCUUGCAGAUCCAAGACGAACCCGAAAUAUCAAAUGGUGUUGAGAACGAUUCACUCUGCAAGGACAAGAUACCUAACUGCCACUUAGUCACACAAGCUCGGCUCUGCUCUUACCAAUUUUAUCAGGAGUCUUGCUGUCUGUCCUGCUCCCGCGCCAAGCACGAUUCGGAGUAGAAAUACAGCGACGAUCAUGCUCACUAUGACUUUAACGCAACACAACCCGCCUUCCGUAGUACUUCCAAUUAAUAUUGCCGAUUAAAACUCGAUUUUCCCCGUUUACAGUUACAGACAAUUUUUAAUAAUUUAAUAUUGCAUUGAUCUAUAAAAUUUAAUAUUGGAUUGAUCUAUAAAAUUCGUGCGCGCCGAUUUUUGUCUAAUUGGCACUCGCAUGUUGAUAUUAUGAAAACAGUUCCAUACAGUUUUUCUCGCCAUCUCUGUACAUGCUUUGAUAGCUAAUGUUUCAGAGCAAAUUUUGUGAUGUAAAUGAUAGUGUUUAAAGAAGUAUAGUUGUCUCUUUGUUGCAGCUUGAAGAUGAAAGCUUGAAGUAAUGAAUUUUCCAAUGCAUUAAGUUUUUUAUUUCUAUAAAAAUUUUUAGAGUUUGACUGGUUUAUUUCACCCACCAUAUUUAUUCGAUUUUACCUCCACUGAUUAUCAUUUGUUUUGCUUAUUACAGAAUUCCCUUCCCUUCCCAGAUAGCGCAGAGAAUUCAAAAAGAAUUCAGUCGUAUGUCACCAACUCUGAGUUCAUUUCCAGAUGCAAAAAGAAUUCUUCAGAGUUCAGUCCAGUAAAAAGAAUUCUUUUUGCAUCGAAAGAUGAACUCAGAAUUGAUGACAUACGACUGAAUUCUUUUUGAAUUCUCUGUGUUAUCUGAGUUGUUGUACAAUAAACUUUACUUUUUUGAAAAAUAUGAAGGAUCAAUUGGAAUAUUUCUUCUUCGGAGAAACAAAAGAGUUCUACGAAAAGAGAAUUAUAAAAUUACGUGAAAGAUGACAAAAGAUUGUCGAACAGAAUGGCGCAUAUAUUUUUGAUUAAAGUAAUUUUCAACAAGAAUAAAAUGUAUUUUGUUGAAAAAGCCGCACGAACUUAUGAAUCAACCCAAUGCAUAGCGGAUCUCUUUCUUUUCUCUUUUUUCGUACGCAUUCUACGUGUGUAGAAAUGUAGGCAUAUGCAUGUCGCAAUUUGAUACAAAAUCCGUAAACCCGUCGAUGUCUUCCGGGCCGCUCGAUAUUUAAUAGAGAAAAUUUAAUGGAGAAACUGAUCGCGCGUGCAAUUCGACGCAACAUUGAAGUCCGCGCUGUUCUCACAUAACCGUAAACGUAUAUUGAGCAUUAAUAAACGUUACGCUUUUUCA